AUGGUGGGCUCCAACAUCUUGACUCUCGCCCUGCUGGCUCCAGCAGCUCUAUCCUCUGCCGUGCACCCCUAUCGCCGCCAGUCCGGCCUGGACGGCUUCAUCCAGUCUGAAUCCUCGGCGGCCUUGCAAGGAAUCCUGAACAACAUUGGUGCCAAUGGAUCCGCUGUUCCUGGUGCAGCUGCAGGUGUCGUUGUUGCGUCGCCCUCCAAGUCGAACCCCGACUACUUCUACACCUGGACUCGCGAUGCCGCUCUCACACUGAAAGUGCUCAUCGACCAAUUCCUGGCUGGCAACAACUCCCUGGAAUCCCUCAUCCAGCAAUACAUCACUGCACAAGCAAAGCUCCAAACAAUCUCCAACCCAUCCGGCGACCUCGCCAGCGGUGCCGGGCUAGGCGAACCGAAAUUCAACACCAACAUCAGCGCCUUCACCGGCUCCUGGGGCCGACCUCAACGCGACGGGCCCGCCCUCCGCGCCACAGCCCUAGUCGCCUACGGAAAGCACCUGCUGUCAUCAGGCAAACAGUCCGUCGUUAAGGCCAACAUCUGGCCACUGUUGCAAAAUGACCUCAACUACGUUGCGCAAUACUGGAACCAGACCGGCUUCGAUCUGUGGGAGGAAGUGCAGGGAUCUUCGUUCUUUACGAUUGCGGCUCAGCACCGCGCUCUGGCGGAGGGGAGUGCUUUCGCUCAGUCGCUGAGUCAAUCUUGCGAAGGCUGUGAUUCCCAGGCUCCGCAGCUUCUUUGCUUCCUUCAGGAUUUCUGGAAUGGCACGGCUGUUAUCUCGAAUUUGGCUGAUGAUGGUCGCUCGGGUCUGGAUGUCAACUCUAUAUUGAGUUCGAUUCAAAUCUUUGACCCCAGUGCCUCGUGCGAUGAUAUCACCUUCCAGCCCUGCUCUGCCCGGGCCUUGUCCAACCACAAGGCAGUCGUUGACUCCUUCCGCUCGAUCUAUGCCGUGAAUAAUGGCAAAGAGGCCGGAAGUGCGGUGGCUAUUGGUCGUUACCCUGAGGAUACCUACCAGGGCGGCAACCCUUGGUACCUCGCAACCCUCGCAGCAGCAGAACAACUCUACGACGCUCUCCACCAAUGGAAAAAGCAAGGCUCUCUCACCAUCACGCAGACCAGCCUCCCCUUCUUCCAAGAUCUCGACUCGACCGCCCGCGUCGGCAACUACUCCAGCUCUUCCGCAACCUACGCCUCGCUCACAGGCGCAGUCAAGACCUACGCCGACGGCUUUGUCUCUGUCGUGCAGCAGUACACUCCUAGCAACGGGUCACUGGCUGAGCAGUUCGCUCGUGACAAUGGGAUCCCUGUCUCGGCUGGGGAUUUGACCUGGUCUUAUGCUGCUUUCCUGUCUGCCGCUGAUCGUCGUGCUGGUGGUGUGCCUGCGAGUUGGGGCGCGUCUGGAGCUAAGAGUGUGCCGUCGCAGUGUCAGGGUGGGUCGGCGACUGGGUCUUAUUCGACUCCGUCGGUGGGUUCUUGGUGA